CAGUUUCCCUUAGGCUAUGUUUGAUCAUUUAUGCAACGCGCCUAUUAAUGUGCCGCUGGACUGCGCUCUUGUGCAGGGAGACUUUUAUUUUUAUGGUCGCUUCCUCCAAUCAGCUUAUUUCGCCCACACCUCCUGCAAGGAUUAUAUUUCUUUCGUUUUCAUUUCCCGGAAAGGUCGAAUGUGAAAGUAGUGAACUUGUAUUUCUUCGAAAAAAAGAAUAAAGUUCUGUAGCUUAUUUAAAUGGAGUUCGCAGAGGUUUGACCUGCAGUUUAUUUCAUUUAUUGGCCAUCGGAUUACAAGGAAAUCAUCCAGAUUACUCAUGUGAUUAAACAAGUAAAGAACGUCCACAUGGAAAAUACUUCCUCGUCACUUUUGGUUAAGCUUCCUCUUGUCAGUCCUCCCACUCAGGAGGACCUGUGGCAUCUACCUGGACAGCUACGAAUAAACCCAUCUUUGUGGGAUAAGGAGGAUGUUGCACACUGGCUCCACUGGGCUCAGAAGGAAUACUCACUGCGACGGCCUGAAAAAGGACGUUUCGAGAUGAAUGGUCGAGCUCUAUGCCUGCUCACCAAAGAAGACUUCAGACGACGCUGUCCCAGCUCAGGUGAUGUUCUAUAUGAAAUCCUCCAGUGCGUGAAACAGCAAAGGAGGAAUGUUGUUUUUGAACCCCUGACCACAUCUCCCUCCCUGUCAACUGGACACAUCCAGGUCCAGUGCCAAGUCAGAAAUCCCAUACCCAGUCAAACUGUAAAAGAGCUGCAUCCUCACACAGUCAGUGACAUCCCAGUUUCCCUUGCUUUCACGACUGCAGUGUCAGCGGCUGUUGUAACCAGUGUGACCCACACGCCAGAGCCCGUGUCCCCUCCCAGAGAUCGCCCCUUGAUCAUCUACCCUUCUCCACUCACAGAAAUGAGUGGAUCAACUGCUGUCUUUGCGUUGGCCCACAACCAAGUUGAGUGUCCUAAACAAGCAGAGAGCAUCAUAAAUGAGCCUCUCAACCUGUCCAGCCGAGAGAAAACAAGGAGCCCACUGCACAAAGCCAAUGGCCGCAUCCCAGAGUGCAGACUGCUUUGGGACUAUGUGUAUCAGCUGCUGUGUGACGACCAGUACCAGGAAUACAUCCGAUGGGAAGACCGGGACAGCCGUGUGUUCAGGGUGGUUGACCCUAACGGACUGGCACGUCUCUGGGGAAACCACAAGAACAGAGACAAUAUGACAUAUGAGAAAAUGUCCCGUGCUCUCCGUCACUACUACAAGCUGAACAUCAUUAAAAAGGAGCGAGGACAGAAACUCCUCUUCAGGUUUCUGAAACUCCCAGUGGACUUGAAGAAACCACAGGUGGACCCUGCAGAAUUCCCAGAAUGCACUUCACCUCAUGACAAAUUCUUUCCCGACAGCAGUCCUACAUACAAGUCUAGCGAGGACCAUUUUGAGGUUUCUCCUGAUCGUGCUUCUCCACAGCCUCCUCCAUAGAAUAAACUGCACUAGAUGUCCUUAAAAGCCGUCCAACAAGACAAAUGAUUACAGAAUUAGGCAAAGAUUGUUUGCAGUUUGACCGUGAUUGACAGGUUUAACAGAAUGUUUUGUUGUUUGUACAGGAAUUUUUGCACUAUCAGUUUGCUGUGAAUUUAAGUGUGGAUGUAUUACUGAUCAUAAGGAACACUAAUUUAAUGGGAAAACUUAAAGACCAAAUAAUCAUCAGAACUUACAUAUCUCUGGCUUGCUAACAUCAUUCAAAUGCAAUAGAUGCACUUAUUGACAUAUAAACAGGACUUUAUAAGAAGCCCUGCACAUUAGCGUUGGGAAUUACUGUGACAUUGUUUCAGUUGGUUUUGUGAUUUCUCAUGUUUUCACAAAAGUAUAUUGAUGCAGGCUUAUUGCCAGUUUGUACACAUCGUACACUGUAUGUCACAAAUUGCUUUUAAAAAUAACUUCAAGGUGAGGUAUUCUGUAAAGUUCUAUGUUGAUUGUCAAUGUUUUUUAUGCUUUGUCAAAUAAACAUAUUUUUACGUCAGACAAAUAUAUUUAAAUUCAUUCGAUUUUCAGGUGCUGUGUUAGACAAGUUAUUACAACAACAUUGUUGUAUUGCAGAUAUGCUCAGUAUUGACAGUAACCCAGAGCAUUAGCAGUUUUACAAAAUAUAAGCAACCGUCCAGACAAACACAUUUUGCAUGAAUCCAUUUGCCUCAAGCGAAGCUGGCAGUUAAACCAGCAGAGGGCGCUGUGGUAUCAUGGUAACCAGGGUGUCAGCUGCUGAGAAAAAGCCUUGUGACCUAGACCAGUCCUUUUUUAAAGUGGGGGGUCCUGACCCCAAGGGAAGGUUACCAGGGGUUGCUAGGGGGGUUCAUGGAAACUUGGAGGAAUGACGGGGUUAUGUUGACUUCACUACAGCAUAGUAGCUGGGGCUAUCAAUCCAGCUAUACUAUUCCUUGCAAAAUGAUGACUUGAGUCGUAGUUAACUUGUUUACUGUGGCUCUUCUCCUCUACAUACAAAGACAAAGUAAAAAGUGUAACACACAAAAUACAAUAUUUGAACCUUUUUGAUGACAACAUGGUGUUUUUCUUUUGCUGUGUAAAUAAAUGUAUUUUAAUCACAACAAAUGCAAUGCUUUAGAUGUAAAUUGUGUUUUUAACCUGAACUUAUAAGUGUGAAUAUUAAAUAUUUAUUAAUUUACUCACAA